UAUUUGACAUUCUCAAUUCAUACACGGAAUGUUUAAACGAUGAUGAUUAUUUUUAUACUAGUUUAUUACAAUCCCAAUAACGUUCUCCUCAAGACAAACAUUUGACUUCUUUUUAUUAUUUUGUCCCACUGUGUGUUCAUACCUAUAUAUCAAAUCAUCAGUCUGGCACCCUAAUUACGUCGUUGGAUUCUCUAAUUACCUGUACCUUGCAAAUAACAUCAUCAACUAUAAACAUUGUAUAUUAUUCCCUAAAAUUGAGAAAAAUAAGCAAAAUAAAAGGGACAAAGCUUCUUCAUAUAUGGUAUCGAAAGUUUAUUCCAUUGAAUAUUCCCCUUCGUGUUCCAUUUUUUAAUAUACAAACUACUUGGCUAUCCCAUAUGCUUGUUGAAUAUCCAACAUCAAAAAAUUACACAUUUUUUUAUUUCUCAAUUACCAAUAAUUUAUGGAUUUUCGGUUUACAGACUUUUUAAGGAUAAGACUCGGCUAUAAUUUCUUUCGAUGUAUUCAUUGUACGGGACUGAAAAAGAACAAAAUCAUUGGGAACAUUAUUACUUUCAAGUUUCAACAUUUUUUAUGGCAUAUAUUUGAUUAUCUUAUGAGUGUUCUCAAGUAGAGAAUCUUGUUAAUGGUUAAAAACCCAUAUGGGUUAACAGGCCCAUAUUAUUGUUAAUGAACUCAGCUAUGAACUAUAAUUUUUUUGUUCUAUUGGCCCAUCUUGGGAAAAAAGUAAUCAGUCUUUCGGCCCAGAGAUGAUUUAGAGUUGCAACAACAAAAACUAUGACUUGGGUUACAUAAAGAUUUUGUUUUUUUGACACUGAUUGUAUUCAUAAUUCAAAAGUACAAAACCUCCAAAACAAAGAUUAGUUACUAUGAAUUUUUUUUAAUUUUGUAAUGAAUUUUUGGGCUGACAAAAAAAAUGAAUUUAAAAAAAAAUUGAAAGAAACGAAAUAUCACAAGUUACUAAAAAAGCUAAUGUAAAUAAUUUUACUAUACAUCAAGAAUUAUUUGAAAUAAUAUAUGAGAGGGAAACAGUAGUCUGACAACAAUGGGUAGGACCCCUAAUAUAUCACCUAAAAAAGGCAAAGCUGACAAGAAGAGAAUCAAUCUGAUUUCUGCUUUUGUCUCCUAUUUUAAAUUUAUCAAUACAUAUGUAACGACGUAUCUUCUUAUUACUUUGGACUAAAUUUUUGGAUUAAACAAACCAUGCACAUCGUCUUCAUAAAAGCUCCACAAGCUAAUGUUUUUUGUUUUGUUAUAAAAAAACAACAACAUUAGUUUAUAUAUAUACAAAUUAAACACAGCUAGAUCAUGAACCAUCUACGUAUAUUUAUAAAGAAACUUUUCACAUUAAUUUUCAUAUAUAAACCCUCUAUUUUCAUUUGACUUUGUAAUUUCACCCCACCACCAUAAUUCUUCAUCAAGAUUCAAGACGUACACUUCUCCCCCAUAAAUACUCUUCAAAACGUCUCACGUCUCCAUUUGGUAUUCUCUCUCUCUCUCUACCUACAGAGUGCAGGCACAAGAAUAUGUCUCGAAGAGGAUCCAAAAGAGUAAGCUUUAGUCCGGACCCUGAAGGAGGGAACGAAGAACCGAUCAUCUACCCAACACACAACGGUCUCACCUCGUCACAACAUGGUCGUCGGAGGGUCGUCAGCGACGGAGUUUUCAGUUUCCGCGUCAGGAGUUCGCCAAGAGCGAGAAGAUUACUCCGGCGUAUCGGAGCCGGAGUGGCCAAAACGUUGCGUUUUAUGUCACUGGGAAGGAAGACUAGUAGUAACACCAAAUCCACGCAGUCUACUUCUACUUCUUCUUCUUCUUUGUCUUGUUCCUCUUCAUCGUCGAUUUAUCUGGUGAAGUCAAAAUCUGUCAACGAGUCAGAGUCUCACCGUGCAGAAGCUAUUGAGGACUGCAUCGAGUUCUUACACUCUUCUUCGUCUCUGUCUAGAUCAAACUCCAUCUCUGCCUGGUCUUGCUAAAAUAUGUGUGACCCACCCAACUCAGGUUCCGGUCGAUUCAAAAGCUCCAAAAAAAAUUUGUGAUGUAAAAGACUUGAAACUGCAUAGAUCAGUUGAUUAUAUCUCUUUUUCUUUUUUAGAGUUAAUGACUCAUUUAGAUAGUUACUACAGAUUCGUUAUAAUUCCUCAAUCUUUUUCUUAAGUUUUCUUGCAGACAAUAAACCACUUCUUGGCUUUA